AUGUCCCUUUCGCACGAAGUGAAGGUGCAGCUGCAGUCCUUUCUGGAGGAAGCUGCCGACGGAGAGAAAAUGGUCAAAGUGGUUGAAGCCACCUUGGACUUGCUCAGGAAGAACCACCUGCUGUCGACCAUGAAGCUGGAGCCCAAGCUGGACGUGCUGGACCUUGUGGACAGCAUCAUCGAUGUGGGGUUCGUGAAAGGCCGAGUGCAUGCCGUAGGCGUGGAAGUUGAAAGCCAGCACCUGAGGGACUGGAACUCCAAUCUCUUCGCUUCGGCCAACGGGGGCCUCGGCUCCAUGGAGCCGGAUCUGCUGAAAACUCGCGAUCCUGCUUUCCACGAAGCCGCGACUGAAGGCUUGUCGUGGGAUGUAAUCUCUGCAGCCGUCGCCCGCGAGGUGCCCGAAAUCCUCGAGCUGGUCUCCAGGUCGGGCAACACCUCCCUGCAGAGGGGGGAGCAUGAACUCCAAGUCCUUCGCCGAAUUCAUGGCCUGUACUGUAAGAUGCAGGCUUCGGGCCAGACCCCCUCGUUUGCUUCUCUGAAGAAGCAGAAAUUGGCUUCGAAACCGAAGUGCGGGGUAUCCGUCCCUCACAUGUACUCCUACUGCCUGAAGUGCAGCGGGGGCCACGAGGCCGUACAUCUCAAAGAAACGGAGCUCUUUGUGCGGGCAUGCUGCCCUUCCUCAAGACAGCUGGGGCCGGAUCUCUGGCAGGCUUUGGCCAUGGAGAUCAAGGGGCACAGCUCCGAGGCCGUUGCUUGUUUUCGCAACGGCCUGGUCAAGUCGGCAUAUGUGCGGCAAAACGUCUCUGUGGGGGACUGCCGGAAGCUCGCUGCGAACUUCACGAAGGUGAAAGAAGCAGACGAGGUCAUGUUGGCUGUGCGGGCCAUGCUAACAGAGCAACUCGGGGAGUGGAAGGAUGCCGGCCUGGUGAAGGCCCUUGCAACCAUGGACAUGUGCAUGUGCGGCAUGGUCCUUGGCUUGAAGCAGAAGGGCGAGAAGGACUACAGGACCUUGCAGGCCGUGGCCCAUGAUUUCUGCCUUGUGGCCCAGGAGCUCACUGGGAGGACCCUUCCCUUGAAAUGGCAAGGCUUCGCCGAGGCAACAGCAGCACCUGCAGCGGCAAAGGCAUCGUCGUCGAGUGCACCGGUGCUGCUUGAGUUGGAUGAGCAUGGUGCAAUCAAGAAUCCGUUGGGUUUGCUGGAAUCCCGAGGCUAUGCAUUGGGCAGCAAUGUGAGGAGGCGAGCUGACAAGACCACUGGCAAGAUCCAAGAUGUGAAAGGCGGCCUUGUGUACAUCCAGUUGGACUCCGGCGACGUCGCGACGGAAUCCAUUGACAAGAUUCUGGGCAACGAGUGGGCCGUCUUCACCCCCAAAAGUGAGGCAGAGGUACUGGAAGAUUUGAGCAUCUACAGCCCUUCAACGAAUGUUGAGCUCCAGGCCUUCAUGCUCCAGGCAGAGAUCGCGAGGCAGCUUCAGAAACUUUUUGAUGAACAGUCCUCUGGCAUCGACAAGCUUGCCUUGCAAACGAAGCCCCAGAAGCAGCUUCAGGCCUCGCAGGACAUCAAGGGAAAGGUGACAUUGGUGCCAUUGACGAGCAAGACCCUCCACAAGGGCUCCAGCCAAGCGAGCUGGUUCGAGGUGACGACGGACUGGACGAUGGAUGCGAGGAAGUUCUACCUGAUCCCGUUUUUCUUCGUGAACUACACAGAGGACGAGGACGAGGCCAACGUGAAGUUGCAGCCCAUGCAAGCAGAAAAGUCUUCCUCCAUCAAGAUCCCCGUCUUCAAAAGCACCAAGAAGAUUGCUGCCGGGGAGGAUCCAACUUUCGAAGUGGAGACUCGCAAGAUCAUCUUUUACGGCAAGCAUGAGUGGUGCCCCACUCAGAAAAUAGUCGAGGAGCGGACCUUUUUCUCCUUCACGAAGUGGUCUGCGCAGCUGACUCGCAUGAUGACCGGCAAGCGACUUCAGCUUGGGGGUGGGCGGGCUGCAGAAAGUGGUUCCUUGAACGUGCCAGUGAUCGGCAAGAUCUUGGAAGCCCGGCAGUCGGCCUGCGACAAAGCCCUUGAGGAAGCUCUGAAAGUCGAGGAUGGGUUGGGCGACGAGGAUGAGAAGCCGAAGAAGAAAGCCAAGAAAACCAUUCGAAGGUCAUCGGCCAAGGACCUCCACCUCCUUCCUGAAAUAGUGGACGUGUCGGUGGCUGAAUUCCAGAUGUCCUUGCUUUCGGAGGGGCUGUCGACUGGAACGAUCUGGAUGGAGCUCCGUCCCGAAAACCUCUCCUGGCUCAAGUCUUGUGUCGACAAGGAAGAGGCAAAGCCUCGUCAGAAGAAGGGGGCUGGGUCCUGUUUUGCCAUGCUGGCUUUCGGCUUUUUGGAUGGCCACCUGCCAACGGCGGAGGAGGCCUGCGGCCUCAUGGAGCCGUUCACGCGCAAGGCCAAGGGCAAGUGGUACAACGACAAAGGAGCCGGGAUCAGCUGGUCUGCCACCAUGGGACGGAAGGUCCUGGGGGCUGGAGGAGAGAUCUUGUGGACCCACCCGGAGAAGAAGCGGGAGGAUGUGCCGACCAGUGGCUGGGUCUACUGGGACGGCACACCCGCUGCGAUCUGUGUGGAAGGCACAUCUUAA